AUGCUCUCUGGUAUCAAGGCGGAAACGUUAAUCAACAAGAAGUUGCCUAAGGUUAUGUGUCAUAGAAAGAUAGUGAGAAGAAGCAAGAAGAUCUUGAUGAGAAGGAAAUCCAAAUCAGUGAGCGAAGAGAUCGCAGCAAAAGCUAGGAAGCUUGUCAAGAGAAAGACUCAAGGCUUAAGAAACGUUGUCCCCGGUGGAGAGUUUAUGAACAAUGACGUCUUGCUGAUACAAGAAACCUUAGAUUAUAUUGUCUCGCUUCAGACACAAGUGAAUGUUAUGAGGAGUAUUGUUGAUGCUGCUGAGGCCGGAAUUGAACGGUAA